AUGGUAACUUCAGCCAUAACCAGUAAGUGUGUUGAUAUACCUGUAUUGUGGUGGCCUACCGGAAGGCAUGACAAGUUAGUUACUGUUGAUGAGCAGAAUAUCUUGCUGUGGAACAUAGAUACUUCAAAGAAGACUGCUCAGGUAACCGCUGAAGAUGAGACUGGGAUACAUAUAUGGGACCUCAGAAAGCCGAAGUACCUAGUCUCUGAGCUCCCGGACAUUCACACUGGACAUGGACAGUUAAAUAGUGCUGGAACUGACUCAGCUGUCAAUUUAUGGUCGGUUCCUCCAAACAGUGAUGAUUAUGCUUCUGACAACCUGGUGGAAUCACCUACAAGGAGGGUAGAUGCGUUGCUUCAUUCAUACACUGAUUAUGAAGACAGUGUUUAUGACCUUGCUUGGAGUUCUCGAGAACCCUGGAUAUUUGCUUCAUUGUCUUAUGAUGGGAGGAUAAAACUGCUUUUACUUGAAAAAAUAUAUAUAUUAGCUAGAUGCAUUUUCGACGUGAAAGCAGAUACAGAUCGCACCAGUUUCCUCACCAGUACUCUCAGUCUCAAGGAAGAAAAUGAGGACCUCGCCUCUUGUCCUUUUGAUCAAUGCAUAUUCUCCACUGUCUUCUUUUCGGGUGAAUCAUAUGGAGCAGCAACAUGGCAAAUCCUCGAGUUAUAUGGCCAGCAGAAUUCCCCACAACUUGAGAGAAUUGCUUCUCUGGAUGCCUACAGUUCGACGAUCAAAUGGCAUGACAAGUUAGUUAUUGUUGAUGAGCAGAAUAUCUUUCAGUGGAACAUAGAUACUUCAAAGAAGACUGCUCAGGUACAAUCACAAAAAUCUUCAGGCAUGCUUCAUUAUUUAUCUGGUGGGGCAUGGGAUGCACAUGAUGUAAAUACUGUUGCCUUGACUCGUGAUUUAUCAGUUCAACUUUGGGAUCUGCGUACAAUGAAGACGACUAAUUCAAUUCAGCUCGCUCACGUCCGUAAUGUGGAUUACAACACCAAAAAGAAAUACAUGCCUAGUGCUGGAACUGACUCAGCUGUCAAUUUAUGGUUGGUUCCUCUGAACAGUGAUGAUUAUGCUUCUGACAGCCUGGUGGAAUCACCUACAAGGAGGGUACAUGUGUUGCUUCAUUCAUACACUGAUUAUGAAGAGUAUCUUGCUUGGAGUUCUCGAGAACCCUGGAUAUUUUCUUCAUUGUCUUAUGAUGGGAGGGUAGUUGUGGAAUCAAUUAAACCCCAUCUUCCUAAGAAAUGA